AUGGCGGCCGAUGGAGCAUUCUCGUUCUCAGUAGCGUCCAUGGUGGAGGAUGUUCUUCAGCAGCAUGGAAACCGAUCACGUGCUCUCGAUUUGGACGCUCGUCGUGCUGAGGAAGCUGCAAUGAGGAGGUAUGAAGCAGCAGCAUGGCUAAGAAAGAUGGUGGGAGUGGUGGGGGCAAAAGAUUUGCCAGCAGAGCCCUCUGAGGAAGAAUUUAGGCUUGGCUUAAGGAAUGGAAUAAUUCUCUGCAAUGCACUCAAUAAGAUUCAACCUGGGGCCGUGGCCAAGGUGGUUGAAAGGCCAUGUGAUGCUGCACUGAUCCCCGAUGGAGCGGCUUUGUCUGCCUAUCAGUACUUUGAGAAUGUGAGGAACUUUCUGGUAGCAGUGAAUGAAUUGGGAAUUCCUAGCUUUGAGGCAUCUGAUAUGGGGCAAGGAGGGGCGUCUUCUAGGAUUGUCAAUUGUGUUUUGGGUCUCAAAUCCUAUGGUGAAUGGAAACAAACAGGUGGUACCGGUGUCUGGAAAUUUGGUGGAAAUGUAAAACCGACCACUUCUUCAAAACAAAUUGUUCGAAAAAAUUCUGAACCAUUUAUGAACUCUCUGUCACGGGCCAUAUCGAUGAAUGAGAAAUCUUUAACUGCUGCAAGCAGUGAGGCUGAAAGCAAUAGAAUGUCUAGCUCUUCUUUUAACAUGCUUGUUCGUGGACUUCUUAAAGAUAAGAAGCCUGAUGAGGUUCCAAAUCUUGUAGAGUCAAUAUUAAAGAAGCUUGUUGAUGAGUUUGAGCAUUGCAUGGCAAGCCAAAGUGAAGCGCAAAACAGAGUAACUGUCAAUGACUCAGCUGUUUCUCUUGGUAAUAAGCCAACUUCCAGACAUAACUUCAGGAGCACAAAGGUGGAAGAAACUAAUAUGUCAAUGGUGAAAAAGGAGGAUUUCCAUAAGAACAAUCAUAUCCUCGAAGAAGAACUUAAAAAGAGGUUCACAAAUCAGCAAAACAUUGUUGAUCAACAGCAAAGAGAUAUUAAGGAUCUGAAACAAACUCUAUGUACUACAAAAGCGGGCAUACAGUUCAUGCAGAACAAGUUUCAUGAGGAAAUCCAGAAUAUUGGUCAACACAUUCAUGGGCUAGCGCAUGCAGCUUCAGGCUAUCAUAGAGUUCUUGAAGAAAACCGCAAGCUUUACAACCAAGUCCAGGACCUUAAAGGAAGCAUUAGGGUUUAUUGUAGAGUAAGACCUUUCUUGCAUGGACAAUCCAGUCAUUUGAGUAUCAUAGAUGGCAUUGAAGAAGGUAUGAUUACAAUUCGCACAUCAUCAAAGCAUGGGAAAGGAAGUCGGUCCUUCAAUUUCAACAAAGUAUUUGGGUCAUCUGCCACUCAAGGGGAGGUUUUUGCAGACACACAGCCACUAAUCAGAUCAGUCCUUGAUGGAUUCAAUGUUUGUAUUUUUGCUUAUGGUCAAACAGGGUCAGGGAAAACUUAUACCAUGAGUGGACCUAAAGUUCUCACUGAGCAAACUCAGGGGGUAAAUUACAGGGCCUUAGGUGAUUUAUUUCUACUGGCAGAGCACAGAAAGGAUACCUUCCACUAUGAUGUGUCUGUUCAGAUGAUGGAAAUAUAUAAUGAACAAGUUCGAGACCUCCUUGUUUCUGACGGUCUAAACAAAAGACUAGAAAUCCGCAGUUGCUCUCAAGGACUUGCUGUGCCAGAUGCAAGUGUGGUCCGUGUAACUUCAACUUCAGAUGUUAUAGACCUGAUGAACUUAGGGCAAAGGAAUCGUGCAGUAGGGGCAACAGCCCUCAAUGACCGCAGUAGCCGGUCUCAUAGUUGCUUAACCGUUCACGUACAAGGAAAGGACCUCACAACCGGAGUUAUUCUCCGUGGUUGUAUGCAUUUGGUUGAUCUUGCUGGAAGUGAGAGGGUAGAUAAAUCUGAAGUAACAGGAGAUCGACUCAAGGAGGCACAACAUAUAAACAAAUCUCUUUCAGCUCUUGGUGAUGUGAUCUCUGCCCUUGCCCAAAAGAAUGCACAUGUUCCUUACAGGAACAGCAAACUCACACAACUUCUCCAAGACUCCCUCGGAGGUCAGGCCAAAACAUUGAUGUUUGUCCACAUAAGCCCCGAACCGGAUGCCUUAGGUGAAACAAUUAGUACAUUAAAAUUUGCAGAGCGAGUUGCAACAGUGGAACUUGGUGCUGCAAGGGUAAACAAGGAUUCUGCAGAUGUGAAAGAGCUUAAAGAACAGAUAGCUUCUCUGAAGGCUGCCUUGGCAAAAAAAGAAUUGGAACCACACUCCAUACACCAAAAGACCCCUGAUACUCCAUGUAACAGGCAACUGCCAUCUUUCCAAUCUAAUAUCCAAGGCAAAGAUAUGCUGAUGGGUUCAAAGAAUCAGAGGAAACCAAUGGAGGAAGUAGGAAACAUAGAGGCGAACAACUCUGCAUUAAGGCAAAAGAUACAAAGCUUUGAUCUUGAUGAAGUAUAUGGAAAUUCUCCUCUCUGGCCACCAGUCAGCAGUCCUGGAGAAAACUAUAUUCUGGAUGAUAAGGAUGUUUCCUCCGGUGAGUGGGUAGACAAGGUCAUGGUCAACAAACAAGAACCUGUAGGUGGAGUUGAAAACCCCUUUGGCUGUUGGGAAGUCGAAAAUAGCAACAUGCCUGACAUUCUCUACCAGAAAUAUCUUUCAGAUUCGACCAAGCUGUUCCCCGCAACCAAUCAGUUUGACAUUACUGCAGCUGAUGAAUUGGAUGAGCUUGAUGCUGCAACAAGUGAUUCAUCUGAUCCAGAUUUACUUUGGCAACUCAAUCACUCAAAACUUAGCAGUUUAACCAAUGGUGUCGGGUCAAAGAUCCCAAAACUAAACACAAAACCAGCAAAGAGUCCAGAACGUAGGACCCUGGCUCAAAAAACAGGCCCUUCACAAUCAAGAAAGACAAAUGGGACAGGCCAUUAUCCUCAGCGCAGCGGAAGACAGGCCAUUCCAGUUGAAAUAAAACGCAAAACGGGUAACAGAAAGUAGGAAAAGCCUUGUGAUUGAGAGAAAUGAUAUUUUCUAAUUCUUUCUAUUUGUUCCCAUUCUUUUUUUGGGGGAGCUCUGAGUGACAGGGAAGUUUAAUGUGUAAAGUUUAGUCAUUUUUCCAUUUUGGUUUGCAUUUUUUAUCCCUGGUUAAUGCAGAAAUAAUCCCAGUUCUUGUAAGUUGUAACAGCUCUCUGGAGCUUCUAUUGCUUGAUUGAAGUUGUUGACAUGUAAUUAAUUUUACACAAUAUAAACAGUUCCAUAUAGAGUGUUUAUUUACAAA